CUUGAGCUCCAUGAAGGACUGAUGUUACUCUCUCCAGUACAGCAGGUGGCAGUGUGCAGCUUUACUCUUCUCUGACUCAACACACAGCCAGAAGAAGAGGAUAAAGUGUCCAAACACAGAGAAAAACUCCUGCUGAAGCGACUGAUCUCCACACUGUUAUAAAGAUGGCGUUUAUUAAAGAGGAGAGUGAAGAUAUGAAGAUUGAAGAAACAUUCACAGUCAAACAGGAAGAUCUGCAGGAACAAACAGACCAAAUUGAAGAGAAUGAGGGGAAUAAAGAAGAGGAACAUCAUGUCAAAAUUGAGGAAAAAAUUUGUUUACAGACUGAUGGUAUUUUGAUAAGGAGAGACAGGAAUCAUUUCACCUGCACUCAGUGUGGAAAGAGUUUCAGCUGCUCAUCACACCUUAAUAAUCACACGAGGAUCCACACUGGAGAGAAACCAUUCACAUGCACUCAGUGUGGGAAGAGUUUCAGCCAAUCAUCAUCCCUUAAUCUACACAUGAUGAGCCACACUGGAGAGAAACCAUUCACUUGCACCAGGUGUGGAAAGAGUUUCAGCCGCUCAUCACACCUUAAUCACCACAUGAGGAUCCACACUGGAGAGAAACCAUUCAUGUGCACUCAGUGUGGGAAGAGUUUCAGCCUAUCAUCAUCCCUUAAUCUACACAUGAGGAUCCACACUGGAGAGAAACCAUUCACUUGCACCCAGUGUGGGAAGAGUUUCAGCCAAUCAUCACACCUUAAUCACCACAUAAGGAUCCAUACGGGAGAGAAACCAUUCACAUGCACUCAGUGUGGGAAGAGUUUCAGACAAUCAUCAUCCCUUAAUCACCACAUGAGGAUCCACACUGGAGAGAAACCAUUCACAUGCACUCAGUGUGGGAAGAGUUUCAGCCUAUCAUCAUCCCUUAAUCUACACAUGAGGAUCCACACUGGAGAGAAACCAUUCACUUGCACUCAGUGUGGGAAGAGUUAUAGUCAAUCAUCACACCUUAAUCAACACAUGAGGAUCCACACUGGAGAGAAACCAUUCACAUGCACUCUGUGUGGGAAGAGUUAUAGUCAAUCAUCACACCUUAAUCAACACAUGAGGAUCCACACUGGAGAUAAACCAUUGACUUGCACUUAAGCCGCGGUCACACUGGACUUCUCUCCUCAUAGACUUCCAUUCAUACGCAUGCGAAACGCAGGUCCGUGUGUCAAGUUUCGCAGUUCACUGCAUUGCAAAUUCAAGCUUGAUGAACUCUGACCUGUCAAAUCACAUCACUUGACUGUGUGAGACCAGUCGUAGAUCAAAACAUGACCUCUCUGGACAGAAAUUUAAAAUAUGGACCAAUCGCUCACUUUUUUUAAUGUCUAAUAAUCUUGUUUAAUCCCAGCCUUUUUCUAGGGCUGCUAGAAUAUGGGAAAAAUCAUAAUCACGAUCAUUUUGGUCAUAAUUGUAUUUCAUGAUUAUUCAAAACGAUUAUCAGUUAAGUCAAAAUUAUUCGCCCUUCUGUGAAUUUUUUUUGUAUAUAAAUAUUUCCCAAAUUUAACAGGAAUUUUUCACAGCAUUUCCUACAAUAUAUUUUCUUCUGGAGAAAGGCUUAUUUGUUUUAUUUCGGCUAGAAUGAAAGCAGGUUUAAAUAUUUUGAAACCUAUUUUAAUAGCUCAAUAUUAAUAGCCCCCUUAAGCAAUGUUUUUAAUGUUUUUGAUUGUCUGAGAAGAAACUACUGUUAUACAAUGACUUGCCUAAUUACACUAAUUAAGCCUUUGAAUGUCACUUUAAGCUGAAUACUAGUAUCUUGAAAAAUAUCUAGUAAAAUAUAAUGUGCUGUAAUCAUAGCAAAGAUAAAAGAAAUCAGUUAUUAGAUAUGAGUUAUUAAAUCUGUUAUGUUUAAAAAUGGGUUGAAAAUAAAUCUUUCCAUUUAAACAGAACUUGCGGGGAAAGGGUUGCAAAUAAUUCAGGAGGGCUAAUAAUUCUGACUUUAACUGUAUAUAUGCAGUUAUUUUCCUCACUGUAAAAAAAGAAAGGGAAAUAAAUACAAUAGAAUAAAAAUAUGAAACAAACUGUGCUUUAGGAAUCUUAACUGUAAGAAAAAUACUUGAGCUACAAAAGUCCUUCAGUCAAGAGCAGUGAGGGAUUUUCUCCUCUUGUUGUUUGAUUAAUGAUAAAACAGUCAGCAGCAGGAAUAUUGCAUGCUGUCACUUUAAGAACAGUGUGGCUCUGAUAUGGUUUUUCUUUCAUAUGUCUUUUGAUUCUCAACUUGUUUGUUUAUUACACAAAUGAUGAUUAAUAUGAAUAAUCACUAAACACUGCACUCUAACACAAAUGUGCAUAUAUUUGACCUGCCGCUCGUCUCUGAGGCUAAGCGUGCGCGCACACACACAUAACAACAUGCACUCUUUUGCACUUUUAAAACAUGAAUGAUUCAAAUGUACAUCUAUGAAUGAUGCGCAUCCCAUGCUGCAAACGAUACAGUACAUGCUUUUAGUAAUUUUCAAGUGGAACUGAGUUUUGCAGAGCAACGAACGUGUACAACUGGAAAGGGGCGGUAUAUAAAGCAAUAAUCGUUUUUCAUAAGCCGAAACCAGAUUUUCAAUUAAUUGCACAGCCGUACAACAGAAUUUCGCAUGCUCAUACUCUAGUGUGACCGCAGCUUUGGUGUGGGAUGAGUUUCAGCAACUCCUCAGACCUUAAUAAAUGAAGACCCACACUGGAGAGAAACCAUUCACAUGCACUCAGUGUGGGAAGAGUUUCAACCGAUCAGCAAACCUUAAUGAACACAUGAAGAUCCACACUUGUGUGAAAGAGUAUAUGUGCUUGAGUGUGAGAAGACUUUUAUUACAGCUCCAAAAUUGAAACUGCACCAGACUUUUCACACUGGAGAAACCGUACAAGUGUUCACACUGUGACAAGAGGUUUUAUCAGUUAACACAUCUAAAAACACAAAAGAGGAUUCACAAUGGAGAGAAACCGUACAGCUCUGAUCAGUGUCUACAGAGUUUCGCUCAUUCGGCGCAGCUUAAGAAACAUGUGGACAAAAAGUUGCAUACAUGACACGAAUACAGCAAAACAUUCUCAUGUGGACAGAAUGUUUCAUGUCUGAAUAAUGUUUGAAAAGGCUGAGUGAUGGUAUACUGUUUUCCAACACUCCUACAGUGCAGUUGGUGGGGUUGUAAAUGUGUUGCGCUCCUCACGUUUACCGUAAACACAAUGAUGGCGGCUGAGAGAAGAACAGUUUCAUAAACAUCUGGCAAAGAGAACCUCUGUGGCUUAAAAUCUCUUUGCAAGUGAUUGUACAGGUGCGGAUACAUCUGUAUUUUACUCUUCAGUGUAUUCAUGUAGCUAGUGUUGUUUUGGAUAAUGUUCUCUGUCUGGCUCCCUGAAUGAGAAACAAAUCACUGGAAGACACCGCACAUCAAAGAAGGUGGAGCUCCAGGACGGUUAGUUUGCAGUAUACCAGGGCCUCAAGUUUAGAAAGCCUAUUCAAUUGUCAUGUGUUACAUCUUUUAUUGGUAAAGUUUAUUUAAUUUUAGGUUCAAGAUUCUUUCUAGUUUACCACAUUUACUUUUUUGAGUAGAAUACUUGAUGAAUAUUUGAUGAUUUAGGCAGAGCGACGGGUAUUAAGUUUUACAAUAUUAAUACACUGUGAUGAUCCCAAGACUCCAGAUUGGAGUAUGUGGUAAAUCCUGAUUGGAUGCCUGCAUUACUUAUCAAUGGGUAUAUAAAAGUUGUUGUGUUAGCUACCCCAGGACGCUGUGGCUACUCAGGCGUCCUCAUGUCAAGACCUGCCAUCUCAUUGACUCUUUAACCUUAUGCUUUUGUUUUGCAUUACUUAUAUCAUGUAGUUAAAGUGUUGUUGUGAUUAUAUCCUGAGUUCUUUAUCUUCAUUAUUAUCUCUAGACAUUUGCUGGUUGCUUUGAUUGAUUGUUCUAUGAGUUACAUUUUAGAAUAAAUAAUUUGCAUUCAGGCUAUUUUGUUGGCUCAUUUCUCUUUUAUGUUGCGACUCAAACAAGCGGGUCAUAACACUUUGUAAAAUGUGUCCGGUUGUAUCCGAGAUCUUGUCCUUUCAGUCAUGACCAUAGGUGAGUGUAGGAACCUAGACUGA